AUGUCCUCACCAAACAAUACCUCGUCCCGCCGGGGCUCGUUAUUAAGACCUGAUAUAGUUUCAGAUUUUUCGGGCAGAGAGCGAUCAAUAUCUACAGCUUCUUCUUCCUGGUCUGGUCCAACAGAUUUAAACCACAGCCCAACUUCUCCCGUUUCACCAGAUAUGGCGUGGAACCCAGAUCCAGCACUGCUAAUGGUUCGCCCUGCCUCGCACAAACCAUCACAGUCUAUUGAUGGCGAUACUUUGCGUCCGCGGGCGGACUCAUUUGCCUCCUCUUCGGCUGAUACUAUGGUCCACCCUCGAGCAAACUCGGAUGUGGAUCCAGCACAUAUCGCCAAAGCAGGCUAUGAUGAUGUCUCAUUGUCAGAUGCCUUGAGACCAGAUCCUCGCAAUGAGACCGAUUUCCAGGUCGAAGAUAACCGCUUCGCCUUCUCCCCCGGUCAGCUCAACAAAAUGCAGAACCCCAAGUCACUGGCUGCAUUCUAUGCUCUUGGUGGCUUGCAGGGGUUGGAACGUGGUCUGCGGACUGAUCUUGAUGCGGGAUUAUCUGUUGAUGAAGCAUCUCUAGAAGGAACCGUUGACUUCCAAACAGUUGCACCUGCUGCUCCACAUACCGCUGGGGGUAAAUCAUUGCCACAGACUGAGACAACGGCAUUGGCACCGGUCUCAUCUGGCAAUGGGUCACCCUAUGAAGACCGCAUUCGCGUCUUCAGUCAGAAUAAACUGCCUGCUCGGAAAUCUUCCGGGUUUUUGAAGUUGUUUUGGAUUGCAUAUAACGACAAGAUUAUUAUAUUAUUGACUAUUGCUGCUGUGGUUUCACUUUCUCUGGGAAUUUAUGAGACUGUCGAUGCCGGCUCUGGUGUCGACUGGGUGGAAGGUGUGGCCAUUUGCGUGGCGAUUCUCAUCGUCACUGUGGUCACCGCUGCAAAUGAUUGGCAAAAGGAGAGGCAAUUUGCCAAACUCAACAAGCGAAAUGAUGAUCGUGAAGUCAAGGUUGUCCGUUCGGGCAAAUCCACCAUGCUUUCAAUCUACGACCUUAUGGUCGGUGAUGUUCUACACUUGGAGGCAGGUGACUCCAUACCUGCCGAUGGAGUUCUCAUCACUGGCCACGGCGUGAAGUGCGACGAGUCUUCUGCAACUGGCGAGUCAGAUCAAAUGAAGAAGACUCCUGGUCAUGAGGUUUGGCAACAGAUCGUCGCUGGCAAGGCAACGAAAAAACUAGAUCCUUUCUUAAUCUCCGGCAGCAACGUCCUCGAGGGCGUUGGAACUUAUUUGGUUACCAGUGUUGGGCCGUAUUCCACUUACGGUCGUAUCUUGCUUUCAUUGCAGACACCUAACGACCCCACGCCACUGCAAGUCAAGCUGGGUAAGCUGGCCGACUGGAUUGGAUAUUUGGGUACAGCGGCUGCUGGCAUCUUGUUCUUCGUUUUGUUCUUCCGAUUUGUUGCAGAUCUCCCAAAGCAUCCUGAGAUGAAUGGCGCGAUGAAAGGAAAGGAAUUUGUAGAUAUCCUCAUCGUUGCUGUUACGGUUAUUGUUGUCGCUAUUCCAGAGGGUCUUCCACUGGCUGUUACUCUUGCCCUGGCUUUCGCUACUACGCGCAUGGUCAAAGAAAACAAUCUUGUCCGCGUGCUUCGUGCUUGUGAGACUAUGGGAAAUGCCACAGUAAUUUGCUCCGACAAGACCGGUACACUUACGCAGAAUAAGAUGACUGUUGUCGCUGGAACCUGGGGCUCGGAUCGAGGCUUUAGCCAAAGUUCCGAGAAUGAGGGAGCAGAAUCUGCAAUGGCGAUUUCAGAAGUCACCAAGCAACUUUCUGCUCCGGUUCGUGACUUGAUUGUCAAAGGUGUUGCCUUGAACUCGACUGCAUUUGAGCAAAUCAAAGACGGAUACAACCAAUUCAUUGGUAGUAAGACUGAGGUUGCACUACUUCAGCUGGCUCGUGAUUACAUGGGCAUGGAUCUUGCAUCUGAGCGUGGAUCUGCCGAAAUUGUUCAAUUGAUUCCCUUCGAUUCUGCCAGGAAGUGCAUGGGUGUUGUUUAUCGGAUCCCUGGCUCAGGCUAUCGACUGCUUGUCAAGGGUGCAUCUGAGCUGAUGGUCGAUGUCUGCACUUCCCAAAUCACUAAUGUUGAUCCUUCCAAGGAAGCCAUUGAUAUGGAGCAGCUUUCUGAUAAACAAAAGCUGCAAAUCUUGGAGACUAUCAACACUUAUGCCCACCAGUCCCUUCGGACAAUUGGCAUGGUCUACAAGGAUUUCGCCAGCUGGCCUCCCGCGGAAGCUAAGAGCUCCGAAGAUCCUUCCUCGGCGAACUUCGAUGAUGUCUUCCACGGUAUGAUCUGGGUCGGAGUUGUUGGUAUCCAAGACCCUCUACGUCCUGAGGUCCCGCACGCCAUCCGUAAAUGUCAUUCCGCAGGUGUCCAAGUCAAGAUGGUGACAGGUGACAAUGUUGCCACCGCAACCGCCAUUGCCUCAUCCUGUGGAAUCAAGACAGAGGGUGGGCUCGUCAUGGAAGGACCUCAGUUCCGACGCUUGUCUGACAAAGAGAUGGAUGAAGUGCUCCCGCGUUUACAGGUUCUAGCACGAUCAUCUCCGGAAGACAAGCGAAUCUUGGUCGCUCGACUGAAGGCUCUUGGUGAGACUGUCGCGGUGACCGGUGAUGGUACUAAUGAUGGACCUGCUUUGCGGACUGCGGACGUAGGUUUUUCCAUGGGUAUUGCUGGCACUGAGGUCGCAAAGGAGGCAAGUUCGAUCAUUCUUCUCGAUGAUAACUUCCGGUCCAUUGUCACUGCCAUUGCCUGGGGUCGGGCUGUCAAUGAUGCUGUUGCAAAGUUCUUGCAGUUCCAGAUCACGGUCAACAUUACUGCGGUGGUGCUCACUUUUGUGUCAUCUGUCGUAAGCAGUGACAACCAGAGUGUCCUGAGUGCAGUGCAGUUGCUUUGGGUGAACUUGAUCAUGGACACUUUCGCUGCUUUGGCCUUGGCUACUGAUGCACCUACGGAGAAGAUCCUCGACCGCAAGCCUGUUCCAAAGCACGCUUCCCUCUUCACAUUGACCAUGUGGAAAAUGAUCCUCGGUCAAGCCGUAUAUCAGCUCGCCAUCACAUUCAUGUUGUAUUUUGCAGGGGAUAACCUACUCGGUUCGCAUCUCAGUGCUGAACCUGAGCUCCGUCAGAAAGAGCUCUCUACUGUUGUGUUCAACACAUUUGUGUGGAUGCAGAUCUUCAACGAAUUCAACAACCGCCGGCUCGACAACAAAUUCAAUAUUUUCGAAGGCAUGUUCCGCAACUACUGGUUCCUCGGAAUCAACGCCAUCAUGGUCGGUGGUCAGGUCAUGAUCAUUUACGUGGGCGGCCAGGCAUUUGGCGUGGUUCGCUUGAGCGCCACCCUCUGGGGUAUUUGCAUCGUCUGCGCUAUUGCUUGUCUCCCCUGGGCUGUUGUUCUACGCAUCAUUCCCGACUACCACUUCGGUAUUGUUUUCAAUGCCGUUGUCGGUGCUAUAUCAAUGGUUAUGCGGCCGCUUGCCCGCGGUUGCAAGGCCAUUGGUCACGGUCUUAAGUCCUUCUUCCGGCCUGUAAAGCGUUUUACUCGCCGGGUCAUUCCUAAGAAGAAGUCUGCAGACGAGGAGGUUUCACAGCCGAAAAAGGCUACAGAUCCUGAAGAUCCUGCAGAGCAAGUUGAGCUCAAGGACCAAAAGACUUCUGAGCGUCCUUGCACACCUCCUUCCAUUGUGGUACCGCCUAUUACCAUCACUACCUCUCCUUGA